AUGGCUGCGCCUAAAAUCACCCUAUACUUUGACAUCGUCAGCCCAUUCGCCCACAUUGCAUUCCACAUCUUGAGGAACUCGCCCACGUUUAGCAAAUGUGACCUCACCUUUAUCCCCAUCUUUAUCAGCGACCUGAUAAAGGCCUGUGGGAAUAUUCCACCCAUCAAGAUCAAAAACAAGGCCGAAUGGAUUGAGAUAGAGCGCCGCCGUUGGGCGCACUACUUCUCCGUCCCGAUGUCUGAGCAGAAGCCAGAGGGGUUCCCACACUUGACCUUGGGCGUGCAGCGUGCUCUCGUUGCGGUUUCGCAAAGGGCACCUGAAAAGCUGGCGCCUGCCACUGAAGCCAUCUGGAAGGAAUACUGGGUUAAGGGAAAUGGCAAGGCUACGCAGCGAGAGGGGUUCAUUCCGAUCCUCGAGGGAGUUCUUGGAGAGGCGGAGACUAAAGCAGUUGUUGAAGCGGCAAGCGGAGCAGAGGUCAAGGCGCGAUUGUCCGCGAAUACCCAGCAAGCCUUUGACUCUGGAGCUUUCGGCCUCCCCUGGUUCGAAUGCACGAACUCCAAGGGCGAAACAGAGGGAUUCUGGGGCAUUGACCAUCUCGGGCAGGUGGCUGAUUUCCUCGGACUGGAUCGCUCGGUCGAGGGUGGCUUCAGAGCAUAUCUGUAG